GAAGAUAACCUGGGUUUUGGGACAUUGCCGCAGGAUAUCUGAGUAUGACAUUCUUUUAGUAAACGGCGCUCAAGAAAACAAUAAGCAUGCAUUUAAGUAAAUAGCCAGAAUGCGUUAGAAAAGGCACUUUUGACGCGCUCUGUAAGUGGGGUGAAGGAGAAUUCGGACGAAAUCGCGCGUCGACUUUCACUCUAGCCCACGGAGCGAGCUGGUCAGCGCGCGGCCGGCGGGAGGCUGGACCGGUGCGGUCCUCGUGCGCUGACCUUCAGACGGCUGCCGGGGCGGCUAGGGGUCGCGAGCCGCGGAGAGUCCGGGCGCCGUGUUCAUGUUUAAUCAGCAGUUAUACCGCCGUUACCGCUUUAGGACGUUGUGAUGUAACACGUGAAUGAGAUUUGAGUAAAACAGACAUGGACCAAGCGAAGUCAACAAUAUCCAAAAUAUUCAAUGGAGAACCGCGAUCCUACACGCGCUUCAACCUGACCCAGAACAUGGAGGGCGAGAACAGUCAGGUGGAGAUGAAGCUGUCCUCCGACAUCGACGAAGAUACUGGGAACUCUGUGGGGGAUCACUUCAGCCAGAACCACAACCAGAACCAGAACGGCACUUGGAGUCAGAAGCACAUGCAGGAGAUGUACCUGUGUAAUGUCCGGCGGACCCCCCGGAACCUCUGCUUCAUGGUCACCACCACCUUGCUCAUCUUCAUCAUCGGAUAUCUCAUUGGCUACCUAGCUCACAAUAAGCAGAAUAAGCAGGCCCCGAAUUGUCCUGAGUAUAUUGUCAGUGACAAGCAAGACGAGGAGGUGAGGAUCUACAGUGAGCCCGAACUGGACUGGGACGGCAUCAAAGGGUUGCUGAGACAGAAGCUCAGCCCCAACCGAUUCGACAGUGUCUUCAAAGAGUUCACCAAGGAGAGCCAUGAGGCAGGCUCGGCUAACGACGAGGCCCUGGCCUUGCAAAUCAAGGGCCGGUUCCAGCAGUACCGCAUGAAGCCCUGGACCGACGAGCAUUUCGUCAAGCUCCAGAACCCACCGGCAUCGGGUACCAACAAGAUCACGAUGAAGGAAAAGAGGCUGCAGCCUCGCGGUUACGCCGCCUACAGCGCCAGUGGCGUGAAGCAGGGCCGGCUGAUCUACGCCCACUUUGGAAAGGAGGAGGACUUCAUACUUCUGAAACAGAUGAGGAGAAACCUGACAGGAAGUGUGGCUCUGAUCCGAGCAGGAAAGCUGAGUUUUGCAGAAAAGGUGGCUAAUGCUGCGAAACACCAAGUGGCUGCUGUUCUCAUCUACCCGGAUCCAGCUGAAUACAGUUUGCAGUCCAACACGGAGCUUUACGGUCAUGUCCACCUGGGCUCUGGUGAUCCCUACACCCCAGGGUUUCCCUCUUUUAACCACACACAGUUCCCCCCGGUCCAGUCCUCGGGUCUACCCAACAUCCUGGCUCAGACAAUCUCUGCAAACGCGGCUGCCCAGCUAUUCGGAAGUAUGGGUGGACAGAUUAUUCCGCCCAACUGGGUUGAAGGCAGCCUUAUGGGCAUUGUCUAUAAGCUGGGCAGCGAUGAUGACAUUGUCACUGUAGAGGUGAAUAACAGCCUUGUGGAGAAGAAGAUUCACAACGUGUUUGGAAUCAUAAAGGGGUUUGUGGAUCCAGAUCGCUACGUCGUGAUUGGAGCCCAGAGGGACUCAUGGGGACCUGGCUUUGCCAAGGCCACAGUGGGAACCAGCAUAAUGAUGGAACUGGCUCGUGCCAUCUCAGAGAUGGUGGCGAACGAUAGAUUCAAGCCUAGGAGAAGUAUUAUUUUUGCAAGUUGGAGUGCCGGAGAAUAUGGGAACGUUGGCGCCACCGAGUGGCUAGAGGGGUACCUGAGCACACUGAAUCUGAAAGCUGUUUCUUACAUAAACCUUGAUGGGCUAAUUAGAGGAAAAAAAACAUUCUUCGCAUCUGGGAGCCCGCUACUGCACAGCUUGUUGGAGAACACUUUGAAAGAGAUGAAGAGUUUGAUUCAGUCUUCAGAUUUGUCCAAGGUUGACUUUCAAACAGAAAGCCUGAUGCCCAUGAAGGUGGACGACGCCACCUACCCGUUCGUGGCUUUCUCUGGCAUCCCGUCCAUCUCCUUCUUUUUCACAGACAGGAAAUCCGGGGACAUCGACUACCAGUAUUUUGGCACAGUGGAGGACACCAAGGAGAAGCUGGACAGCAUCACCCUUCGCACAUCACAGAUCGCCGAAAUCGUGGCACAGAUAGCUGGAAACAUGGCCCUUCGGCUGGUCCACGACCGCCUGCUCAGCCUCGACGUAUCCAAGUACAACUUGCAGAUCCGUGCCUUUGUGGUACAGAUCAACCGACUCAUGUCGCAGCAGCAGAAGAGUGGAAACAUACCCAAGACGUUUACACCCCAGUGGCUGAUCAGCGCUGCAGGUUCCUUCAGCCGUGCGUCGCUCGACCUCAUCAACGACAUCCAGAACAGCGACCUGGAAGAUGUGGAAAUGUGCCGAAUCAUUAACGACCGCAUAAUGAGGGUGGAGCACAACCUCCUCUCGCCGUACGUUUCGCCAAAAGACGCUCCGUUCCGCCACAUCAUCCUAGGCUCUGGCUCGCACGCGCUGUCGGACCUGGUAGACCACCUCAAAAAGCUGAACCAGGGCCCCCAAUACUUUGACGAGGACUGGUUCCGUAACCAGCUCGCUCUGGCCACCUGGACCAUUCAAGGCUGUGCCAACGCCCUGUCAGGGGAGGUGUGGGAUAAAGACAAUCGGAUCUAGACCUUUGCCUGCUCAGUACCUGAGAGCUAAACGCAUGACUCUGAUUCACCUGCGAAGUUUACCGCUCAAUCUGACUACCUUCUGCGUAUAAUUUCCAUGCAGUAUUUUAAAAUUCCAGGCUCAGAUGGUAAAAUUGUCUAAAUAUUUCAAAGAAUACUGGGCAAUAAAAUACACUGACCAGUGUUGAAUCAUAUGUCAAACAUAAUAUAUAGAGACAAACAAAUCUAUCCUGAGAUACGCUAAGCGUCAGUUACAAUUUUCUUGUAAAAUUAAAUAUUCUAUUAUGGGGGAAUUGGGGGAAAAAAAAUUUUCGUCAUUACCCAGAUAAGUUUUUUUUUUCUAUUUUCGGGUAAAUUUUACAGACUAGUUUCUUUAGGUUAUGUUGCAUUUUUUUUAUUUCCUGAGUUAGGAAGUCCAACAGGAGUGCCGAAGUAGUAAAUGAUCCUGAAAACACUGAGUGAAACAUCUUUACUGUUCCCGAAAUGUACCUCGCAAAGACUUUUUUUUUGUUUUUAAAUAACAAACCAGUUGAAAUCUACGUUGCCAUCAGACUGGAAUUUCAUUUAUGAAAGCCCUAUAUACCAUGUUACAAAUCGGCGAUCUCAGUUUUAGCGGAGAAUGUCUGUCUGUACUCUCCUAAAUUGGCACCGAGUUAAUAUUUCAUGGUAUUUAUUUAUCGAGGUUCACUAUAAAUGUUGUUAGGCGUCUUCUUUAUGUGUAAUUAUCGGAAGCAGUGCCUUCCAUAACUGACAGUUAUACUGUCGACUUGACACAGCAGCAUCUGCUACGAAAUUAAUUGUUUGCCAAAGGUCAGUAACGGAAACGGCCGAAAAAGAGCAUAGUGUUUGUGAUGGACAAUGCCAGUCGGAUGCCAGUAUUUAAAAUAAUAAUAAUAAUAAUCAAGCAACAGGUCUCAAUGCUGAAAACGGCCGUCUCUGAUACUGGCUUUUUUUGGUAAAAAUUAUUUCUAUCCAUAAACCAUUAUCGGAAGCAGUGUCUUCCAUAAUGUGACAAAAAAAGGUAGUUUUUGCCUACCAAUGUGUAUAUAUCGGGGGCAGUGACCCUCAUAUUUCACUGUAGGGUGUAUAUAAUUAUCGGGAACAGCGUUUCCCAUAACUGAGAUAUGCUUGAGCUACAGUGGCGCAAAGCUUCGCCUCUGGUGCAGGACGGCGACAGAAAAACGAAAUGCCGUCAUUUUUUAUUUUAUUUUUAGAGAAUUUAUGGAGAACACAUUUCCGAACCAUUUGCGGAAUACGCCAUCUAUCCGUAAUGAGCUGAUGACUAAUAAACGAAGUGGAUGUUUCCGGACUUAAAAUCUAAAGAUGUCAACUGCUUAAUUUGUUUGAAAUGUAUGCAUGUGUAUUGUUCGCUCUGCUACAGUAAUUGUACAUAUGAAAUGAACACAGCCUCGAAAAUCCUUGAAUUGUAUGGAAUCUUCUCUAUAUCCUCGCACAUUCUACUUCAUAUCGCAUUUUUCUUGCGUUAUUCUAGGGUUGCUGCUCUCAUUGCUGAAAUGAUCAUAUUUUUAAUGUCUGUAUCUGAUUGUUAUAAAAAUUCAAUUUUUUUUGUCCUCCCCCCGGGAAAAAAGUUGAUGUUAGUAUAGCCUAUACAGCUGUGCGGGGGCAACCUUGACUUACGUGGCUGGUUAGUUUUGAAGUUGAUCCUAAAGCAAAUCUCCCAGAAUUUACUUGUAUAAAUAGCUUUUAAUACCUGGGACGUUAUGUAAGUGUUUUUUUUUUUCAUUCUUUCACGUUGGACAUUUUAAAGCGAACAUUUAAACCCGUUCUGUAUUUCGCUUGGAGCCUUUCGGGGGUGACUGAAUUUCACUGUCGGGCACGAGCCCUUUGGCAUGCAUAUAGUCCACUGCUGGAUUUGCAGAACGGAAUCGGCUGCAUUAUAUGACAUCCUAAAGAAGAUGUUUUGAAAUAGGCAGUACGAAUGUAGUUAAUUAAACUCUCAUACCAGUUUUUUGUUUUGCGGGUUCAUUUUACAAAAACCAAUGAAUGCGAUGCGGAUUGAGUUCUAAUAUUCUAAUCAGUUGGCGCAUACAUCACGUAUUUUAAGCAAAUUGGUUUUUGAAGGUGAAUGUUUGUUUACAAUGUCCGACGGUUUUCUUUCUUUUCUGAUGAAUUGUUAUAAAUUUUAGUUUUAUCAGUGUAAGAAAAUACAUAUAUGACCGUACUGAUAUUUUGAAUGGGGGGGGGGGGGGGGUGCAUGCGAUUGUGAAUGUUUGUGCGCGUGGAAAAUGUACCAUUACAUUUGUUUUCGGCAAUAAAUAUUUACACCGCUGUCA